AUGAAAGAGACAUUUGAGAUGUCAGAUCUGGGAAUCAUGAGCUACUUUCUUGGCCUUGAGAUAAUGCAAAGGCCUGAUGGGAUCUUUGUCAAACAGAAGAACUACGUUGAAAAUUUGUUACAUCAAUUGAAUAUGAAGCAAUGCAAGUCAAUGCCAACACCUAUGGGAGUGAAUGAUAGACAAAGGGAUGAAGAUUCAGAGCUGUUCAAUGAUCUAAGAUUGUACAGAAGCCUAGUGGGAAAGCUGAUAUAUCUCACACAUACCAGACCAGACAUCUGCUAUGCAGUGAAUUAUCUAUCUAGAUCUAUGAAUUCUCCUAGCAAGGAUCACUAA